AUGUCUUCUAUGCCUCCUACAAAAGAAUUCCUCUUUAUUAAUGAAUGUGGAAAGAAACAACAAUCUAAGACUAGUCCUCCAAAAGACUUAGAAAUUGAGUUUCCUCCAACUUUCGACUUUAACGAACUUGGUGACAAAUUUAAAAAUGGUAAAGGAAAGAAGAAACCCCCAAACGCGUUUAUCCUUUUUAGGACAAAGUAUAAUGAAGCUUUACAUCGCCGCGGUCAAUUCUCACCCAUGAAGGUUGUCUCUGGCUGGGCUAGAGAUGCCUGGAAUUUACUUCCAUUAUAUCAAAAACAAGAAUAUGAAAGAUUCGCAACGAGAGCUGCUUCCCUGUAUCAGGAAUGGGCCUUACAUUCUCCAGCUAAUCAUUCACAAAACAAUCGUAAUCGAAACAAACGUAUUCGAACUGCUAACGGUUAUGAUGCUACUACUACUACUAAUCGACCAUCCAGUAUGCCUAUUCAAGAACCACCUCAAUCACCUCCUUUGCUUGCUUCACCAGCUUCUCCGUUAUCUGCUGAUGAAUCAAAUAAUGAAGCAGAAUCUCCGAUCUUACAGAAUCUUACGGGAACAUAUCAAGCCGGUAUAUUUCAACCUGUGUUGAUACCCGUCGAGUCCGUUCCCUACGAAUUAAAUGCCAAUAUUUAUAAUAAUUUUUUCUUUUAUAAUAUUGAUGGUGACUUUGGCAUUUUUAAUCCCGUAAAUUAUGAUCCAGACCUUCUCUACGAUGUCAACGAUUACCCCGAUGUCCUCUCUGAAUUAUCGGAUUGA